AUGGACACCGCCGUCGGCGUCCCCGUGGUGGCCGUUGCGAAUGGCGUCCCCGUGGUGGCUGUUGCGAAUGGGAUUGGGGAGGUGGAGCGCAAGGUGCAGAAGAGCUACUGGGAGGAGCACUCCAAGGACCUCACCGUCGAGUCCAUGAUGCUCGACUCCCGCGCCGCCGACCUCGACAAGGAGGAGCGACCCGAGAUCCUGUCUUUGCUUCCUUCUUACAAAGGGAAAUCAGUUCUAGAACUUGGUGCUGGAAUAGGACGCUUUACUGGAGAUCUGGCAAAAGAAGCUGGGCACGUUCUAGCGCUAGAUUUUAUUGAAAGUGUGAUUAAGAAGAAUCAAAGCAUAAAUGGACAUCACAAGAACAUAACCUUCAAGUGUGCUGAUGUAACAUCUAACGACUUGAAGAUUGAAGAUAACUCUGUUGAUCUGAUAUUUUCAAACUGGCUGUUAAUGUACCUUUCAGACGAGGAGGUCGAAAAGCUUGUGGGGAAAAUGGUAAAAUGGUUAAAGGUCGGAGGCCAUAUUUUCUUUAGAGAAUCAUGUUUUCACCAAUCUGGAGAUUCCAAAAGGAAGGUGAACCCAACACACUAUCGAGAACCAAGGUUUUAUACUAAGGUAUUUAAAGAGGGCCAUUCAUUUGAUCAAGAUGGAGGUUCUUUUGAACUUUCUCUAGUGACUUGUAAAUGUAUUGGGGCUUAUGUCAAAAACAAGAAGAAUCAAAACCAGAUGUGUUGGUUAUGGGAAAAGGUAAAAUCAACAGAAGACAGAGAUUUUCAAAGAUUUCUGGACAACGUGCAAUACAAAACAAGUGGAAUCUUACGUUAUGAGCGUGUCUUUGGUGAAGGUUUUGUGAGCACUGGUGGAGUCGAGACCACAAAGGAAUUUGUGGGCAUGCUGAAUCUUAAACCUGGCCAGAAAGUACUUGAUGUCGGAUGUGGAAUUGGAGGCGGCGACUUUUACAUGGCUGAAAACUAUGAUGUCCAUGUUCUUGGUAUUGAUCUUUCGGUUAACAUGGUUUCAUUUGCAAUUGAACGUGCCAUUGGACGCAAGUGCUCUGUUGAAUUUGAAGUUGCUGAUUGCACCACAAAGGAUUACCCAGAAAAUAGUUUCGACGUCAUCUACAGCCGUGACACCAUCCUUCACAUACAAGACAAGCCUGCUCUGUUCAGAAGCUUCUUCAAAUGGCUAAAACCCGGUGGCAAAGUCCUAAUCAGUGACUACUGUAAGAAUCCUGGAAAACCAUCAGAGGAAUUUGCGGCGUACAUUAAGCAGAGAGGUUAUGACCUUCACGACGUGAAGGCUUAUGGACAGAUGCUCAAGGAUGCUGGUUUUCAUGAUGUCAUUGCAGAAGAUCGCACUGAGCAGUUCCUGAAUGUGCUACGGAGGGAGCUAGGUGAAGUUGAAAAGAACAAAGAGGCUUUCCUGGCAGACUUCACCCAGGAGGACUAUGACGACAUUGUGAACGGCUGGAACGCGAAGCUGAAACGGAGCUCUGCCGGUGAGCAGAGGUGGGGGCUGUUCAUUGCGACCAAGUGA